AAUUGUCACUUUCUUACUUUUUUACCCCUCUGUAUUCCUUAAAAUUACUGUUAGAAUCUCUGUAAUUUUACCUGAGCCAACUGCUUCCACUCACUCUUCACCUAGUACCAAAUUACCAAAACGCCACCCACAUUUUAACUAAUGCAGCUCCUCUGUUUCAGAGCACCGUACCCCCUCUUCUUCCACCACACAAGGGCAUUUUCGUCAAUGGCUCCCACCACCACCUCCUCCUCCGCCGCCGCCGCCGCCGUCAGCCGAGCCGUGACCACCAAGGCCAGCCUUCGAGGCGUGGUGUUCGACAUGGACGGAACUCUAACGGUCCCCGUCAUCGAUUUUCCGGCGAUGUACAGAGCGGUGCUCGGCGAGGAAGCGUAUGUGAAGAUUAAGUCGGAAAAUCCGUCGGGAAUUGAUAUUCUGCAUCACAUUGAAACAUGGAGCCCCGAUAAGCAGAAAAGAGCUUACGAAAUUAUCGCCGAUUUUGAGAAGCAGGGUUCCGAUCGCCUCCAAAUUAUGCCAGGUGCUUCUGAACUUUGUGAGUUUCUCGAGUCUAGGAAUAUUAGAAGAGGACUAAUCACUAGAAAUGUCAAGGAAGCAGUCGAUUUGUUCCAUCUGAAGUUUGGGAAAGUAUUUUCUCCUGCACUGAGCAGGGAGUUUCGACCUUAUAAACCACACCCAGCUCCUCUGCUACACAUAUGUUCGAACUGGGAUUUGCAGCCCAAUGAAGUUAUGAUGAUUGGGGAUAGUCUUAAAGACGAUGUGGCAUGUGGGAAAAGAGCAGGAGCUUUUGCUUGUCUGCUAGACGAAACAGGAAGGUACGAUGCACCUGAAUACGAAGACGUCAAAUUUAAACCAGAUUACAAAGUGUCUUCUCUUCUAGAAGUCCGUUCGCUCCUAGAGAAAAAUUUCGAGCUUACUUCUUGAUCUAUAAGCGCAUUAAUUUAUUAGUACCUAGAUAUGUUUUCUUGGUUAUUGGACUUUGUUUGGCGAAAUUGACCGCCAAUUGUUAGGAAUCCUUUCUCAUAUUCAGGUAUAGCUAUUCUCUGUAUUACAAUUGACAAUCAUGCGAGACAUUGCUCGUGUCUCGCAUAUUUGCACGACUCUUGUAUGUGUACAUCAUACACAUGUAUUUAUAGGUUGGAUUUCAAUAAAAUUUUCGCCAACUAUCCUUU